GUUGUUGGUAGCCAAGAUGUUUGUAACUUAACGUAAUGUAAAUGAAUGACUUUUAGCUAGCUUAUUUGUCAUUAGUAAAAUAUUCCUAUAAUAUGAGCGAUCUUACAGAAUAAAUGGGAAAUAUGACUUACUGACGCAAUUUCAUUUGACUUUAUCACACAGGUUAGACUGCUUUGAAGAUGAGGCUGAAGCUGAAGCUCAAGACCGUGUUUGUGCUUUACUUCAUGGUCUCUUUGCUGGGGCUCGUCUAUGCCUUGAUGCAAUUAGGCCAGCGUUGCGACUGCACAGAACAUGACAUCAUUAAAGAUAGAACCAUUUCUCGAUUGCGGGGUGAUCUGCACAAAUUGCAGGAAGAGGCGAAGAGGUCUGACCCUACUAAAGCUCCCAAGAAGACAAAUCUUCCCCCCAUUUAUGUCAUAACACCCACCUAUGCCAGGUUGGUGCAGAAGGCGGAGCUAACGCGCCUCUCGCAGACCUUCCUGCACGUGCCUCAGCUCCACUGGAUCGUGGUGGAGGACUCGGACCAGCCCACGGCGCUGGUGCGCAACCUGCUCGCCGAAUCGGGCCUGGCCUACACGCAGCUGCACAUCCUCACCCCCAAGGAGAGGAAGCUCCAGGAGGGUGACCCCAGCUGGCUGAAGCCACGCGGUGCAGAGCAGAGGAACGAGGGCCUGCGCUGGCUCAGGGAGAUGGCCUCAACCAGCAGGGGGCAGCAGGGAGCUGCUGCGGACAGCGGAGUGGUGUACUUUGCCGACGAUGACAACACAUACAGCGUGAAGUUGUUUGACGAGAUGCGAGACACUCGAGGUGUGUCCGUCUGGCCUGUCGGCUUAGUGGGCGGAAUGCGCUUCGAGAGUCCGGUAGUGGACGGUGGGAAGGUCAUCCGCUUUCACACUGGCUGGCGCCCCAAUCGUCCAUUCCCAAUUGACAUGGCUAGCUUUGCCGUGUCUUUGCACCUUGUUGUGACCAAUCCUGAUGCCGUGUUUGAUGGGGAUGCUCAGAUGGGCUUCCUGGAGAGUAGCUUUUUGCAGUCAAUUAUUACGAUGGAGGAGCUCGAGCCAAAAGCAGAUAUGUGCACUAAGGUUCUGGUGUGGCACACUCGCACCGAAAAGCCAAAGAUGAAGAGGGAAGAUGCCUUGCAUAAGCAGGGUUUGGGCUCCGAUCCCAACGUGGAAGUGUAAAAUGCACCUGGAGCUCUUUGUGUGGCAUCACACUCCUGCCCUCUCUCAUCCAGCCACCACUGCAGACGGCCACGUGGCGCAACACUAAAGAGGAGAGCGGUUAUGAACACACACUCAGAAUGCUGAGGAACACGAACACCAGAAAAAUAACUCUGCAAGUUUCACCGUCACAUGUUUUUAUGCCAAACAGGUUAUAGUGUUACAAGUCCUGUAGUUGCAGAUGCAAGUAAGAAAAUGUUACUAAUACUACUAAUAAUAGUAUACUAAUAGUAUUCCCCUCAAAAGCAUAGUUAAUUAAGUCUUAGAAAGAAAAGAAGAAGGAACGCUUUUCUGGAUCAGAAAAUGUUUGCUGUAGUCAUCAAAUCAGGGUGCUCUUCAAAAAGGGCCUAGGAUAACAUUGAAAAAGCAGAAAAAUUGAGACACUCCUGAUCAAUUUAAAAAGCCUUUAAUCAAAAAUUUCUACAUGACAUUAAAAAGUCUUCUUCCUGGAAAUUGGAAUCCAGAAACAGUUAAUCUAAAACUACAAUUUUAAGCAUUGUCUAUAUAUAACUUUGGUUUCUGUCUUGGAAAUCAACCCCCGCUCCAUACCGUAUCAAUACUGUAAAAUGCAAGACUAAUGGUUCAUGAGAAAUUAUUUAUUAUGGGAAAACUAUAUAUAUAUUUAAGUCUGAAUGUUUUGCUUGUGAAUGUAUAUGUUUGUAGUGUGUUGCUAUUGUGUAUAAGCCAUAAAGACAAAUCUAGGUAUUUUGUAGGUAUGUGGACAGUAAACUGGAAGUACUUGUACAGUCUUAAUCUGCACAUAUUGUUUUACUGUGCUAUGUGUAUAGUAAGCAAUUCCUUAUAUAAAAAAGUAAUAUUUCUCUGUACAUUGAUGUCUAGAUAUACACCAUUCGGCGUAAUCUGGAUUCUGGGUAUUUUGAAUGAGCCUUGAUCUUUUUUUAUUAUUAUUAUUAUUAUCAUGUUAUUGAUAUGGGUUGUCACACGGUUACCGCCUAUACUUCCAAACUAGCUGAUUGGCCGGCCAGAAAGCUGGAGCUUGGCGUCUUUGUUGAGUUACGUGACUGUAACUCCGCUGGGGCCAGAGCUAAGAUGCAGUCUGGCAGCACUAGGCUGUGAGUUCUACCGAUUCUGCACCAUUUUAUCGUCAUGUCUGUCAUUGUUGCCUUCUUUUGCCUUAAAGUAGAACAUGAGUAUGAGAAUAAUGUAAUGUGUACAGUAUAAUGUCUUUAUUUUGUAAAAUACAUGGGCAUAACUCUAAAUACAUUUCUGUUUGAACAAAGUG